CUCUGGCACGCUCGCUAGGGACAUUUGCCCAGAAUGAGCAUACAAUUGACAACGUGGAAUUCUCUACGAUAUACCAAACGGUGCUCAGGCUGCAGUCUGCCGUGGGGGAAGAUGAGCGGAAUCUGUCAAUCGCAUCCAAGGAUCCACAUACGAUACGGAGGAUCAAUAUGGUUCUAGGACAAAUGGCACAAGAAGCAGGAUGUACCGACGAUGCUCUCGCGAUAUACAAGGACAUCUUGGGCCUGCCUGCUCUUGAGCAGUCUGUCAUCAUUGGAAUCAUUCGCUGCAGAAUCGCCUGUAUUGAUAUUCAAAUGAUGAAGUCGGCAGGUUCACCAGCUACGGUUUCACAGUCGCUCUCCGAAGCAGCAGCGACUUUGGGAUCCCUGCUGAAAGGCACCAACACUGAUAUGGAGCAACUGCUCAUUGAGUCGGCUAAACUCAAAAAGCUAGCAAUGGGCGUUCUCGCAAACACGGUUUCCAGGAACAGCAGUACAGACAGCGCGACUGACGGACUGAAAGGCCGAGUGAUCGAAUAUCUUCAAGGGUUUGUAAGAUUUCUGAGGCGCUACAUUGGACGACAACCAGCAGAGGACAGCGAAGAAAAAGAGAUCGAGCAGUUUCAGCAUAAGCUUGCAGUAUCGAAGAACAUCAUUCUCGCCGCUAUCGAUUCGGCUGCUGCUGUUGGAAAGCUGGUAGUGAUGUGUGAGUCAACGGCUUGGGAAGGUGCUCUGCCAAUGUUUUCCGACUGCCAACGUCUCCUUGGACUUCUUGGACCCGAAAAUCAGGCCGAGGAAGAGCCCUUUGCGGACGAUAAUAGAGGCAUUGCUUUUGUCAAACUCUCCAAUGUCUUUUGGUCGCGGUAUUUAAAGGAAAGAGAAUCAGGAAAGGGUUACAAGCAACUGAUUCCGCUUCUGAGGCAAUCAACAAGCUUGCUCCUUAAUUGCUCUCCUGCCGAGAGGAGUACUGGCUUUGCUGCUCUGAAAUUCGAGAGACUUGCUCAUCUUUACGCCGAAGGAAACAUCGGAUCAGAAUCGGUCAAGGCAUUCCAUCAAUCCAUACAUGAGCAUAUUGGCUCGGGUAUCCUUCCAGACCUCAUGUCCACGGUUGGUAGAAAGCCUGCUCAUCGUGUUUUCCAAGAUCCAAGAAGUGAAGGUUUUGUCCUCGGCCGUGUUUUGAAUGGACACCUGAGAGUUCAGCUGCGGCGCAGAAACAAUAACAAUUCAGUCAUAUUCGACGACGACACUCUGGAGUCCGAAGAGCGAGGGUUUCUCCUUGAAUGGCAGAUGGGCCUUCUUAUGGACAGCCAUGCUCAUUCUUCGAGCGUCGAAAGCCUCCGUUUAACUCUCAAUUCCCUUGUCUCUACACUUCUUUCCCUGUAUACCCCCGACAGUUAUCCUAUACACCGGUUACGCAUUAUCAUGUACACUCUACGUUUCUUACUUCAGCACCCUGGGUCGUUGGACAUACCUGUCACUGAGGCACUCAUAUCCGAAGGCACAGCAAUUGUGACGGAGGGAAGGAGUCGUUUUGACGACCCCGUGCUGGCUGGGCUUGAAGAUCAUUUGAAGUCAUGUCUACGGUUGAUUUUGGGAUUUCAUAAUGGAGAUCUCGGCCGCGAAGAACUCGACGCAGUGGUCCAGUCUUGGAUCCAGGUGGCUCGAACUUGCCAUGAAUGGGAGUCGGUCGAAACUUGCGUGGGUGAUCCGGAAUAUUGGAUUGUGCAGAUGAAAGCAGUUCUCGAUUAUCUCGAAAUUCGUGGAAUGUGGAAACUUCAGCUGUCGGUCUAUGAGUCACUUCUCCAUAUUCUGCAACUCCAGGUUGUCAAAGACAUCUCCGAAAUCGUUCUAGUCCAGUCUCGAUCAGCGUUGCAAUAUUGUCGACUUGGGAAUUGCACCAGAGCUGGCACACUGCUCGCCCAAGCUAGCCAAUAUAUCGAGACCAACCGGGUCUCGUCAUUUGCAGCAAUGUCUAACCACCUGGUCAACGUGGAGUAUCUGCUCGAGACCGGCAGCCUGGAGAAAGCAGCUAGCACAUUGUCGGCGGCGCGAACAUUCUGCCAGAGUAGCCGGGUGAAGGGAGAGAUUGACAGCAGCACCGGCCAGCAAAAGAUUGCAUGGGAAAGAAUCAUUGCAGAUGCAGCUCUUAUCCAUUCGAAGUUCUUUUACGCACAGGGGUCAAUGGCUAAUGCCAUCUUCUUCGCUAAGCUUUCAGUACGUCUGAAUUGCAGACUGUGGGCUAAACUGGAGAAGAUGUCGCAGAAGAAAGAAGGGACACCGGAGCGUGACAGCCGCGAUUCUGAAGUAGACAUUGUCGCGGAAGGAAUGGCUACUCUCAACAUAAAGGACAGUUCCUCAUCAAAGAACUACUCCGAGGGAUCGCCUUUUUGGCCGCAUAUCGCUUCGCACCAUUCCAGCCUUAUGAAUCUUGUCCAUCUCUCCUCUCACAGUGGACUUCUCCAAGACGCCAUAUACUACGCAGAGCAAGCGGUGAAAGUAAACAAAACACUCAAUGCCAAGGUCCGCCUCAUUGCCUGCCAAGCUCAACUUGGUUAUGACUGGAUCCGUGGUGGCCACAUAUCAGAAGGCCAGGAUCUCCUGAAAGGUGCAGUGGAAAUGUCGCAAGAGCUCGAUAACAGUAUUGAAAUUGUUUCAUUGCGAGUCAGCCUUGCUUCUCUUUAUCAAGCCAAAGGGCUGCAUGAUCAGCAGUCUCGUGCUCUCUCCGAAGCGGAACGCGCCGUCCUUGAUCUUUGUCGACCAGAAUCGAUGAUGCCCCUCGACUUAUCCUCACCAGAUCUUGGUAUCGAAGACAAGAUGGAAAAACUAGAAAUCCAAAAGCCAACCAGGAAACCCCGGAGGGCAGCAGCAACAACGACUCAGCGGACGCGGAAAGCAAAGACGGUGACCAGUGAAUCAGCAUUGAACAAAGCAUCUCCGGCUACAGUGCAGUCAAUCACCUUGUCGAGAUUUAGAGGCGAUAUUCUGCGACAACAAGCAUCUUGUUCCUUUGCAGGACAUGAUUUCGACAAAGCUCUCUCCCUACUAAAGGAUGCGUGGCAGUUUGCCAUGUCUAGGGCGGGCCAGAUCUCCACCCAGAUAGACGAAAGCGAGCACCUUCUGGCUGAUACGAUCAGACGUUUCUCGACGCAUGCCGUAUAUUGUGUGCUCCCGGAGUCUACGCUUUCUCUGCCAUCUGUGCAAUCUCCAGCAAGAGAGCUUGAAGAUCUUGCUUCCCCUGAAAAUGCCUCAGCCACAAAGAAAGCGCCAGCUGUGCGUAAAACGAGAGCAACUUCUACUAAAGGGACACGGUCACGUACUACCAAGAAAGAAGAAGAUUUCGCUACCAUGCUGUCAAGAGCGACUACCCCCCUCGGUGACAUCUUCAAAGCUGCUAUCACAUGUGGUUCCACAGCUGAUGCACAUGCUGCUUCCCGUCUGCUGAGCCGGAUGUCGCUGCUAUCGAAUGCUACUGCUUCUGGGGUUCUAGGGACAGGACUUGUGUCUCCAGCCAAUGUUACUGAAAUCGGUCGUAUUGGUGCCUUUGAGCGCGCCCAGCUUUCAAUUGAGAUCGAUAAGAAGCUUCCGAGCUUCUCUGAUCCGUUGAGCUGGCCAACCGCCCCUACCUGGACAAGAGAGAUUCAAAGUUAUUCCUCUGAUUUCACCUCGGAGUAUAUUGACAUCCUUCCGGACAAUUGGAACGUCAUAUCGUUGUCACUUAGUGCAGACCGGACGGAUAUUGUUAUCUCGAAAAUGCUCAAGGGUCGUACGCCUUUCCUCCUCCGUCUGCCCUUGAAACGAGGAGAUUCCGAGGAAGAAGAGGAAGAAGAUGAAUUUACCUUCGAUGAAGGUAAGAGGGAGCUGCAGGACAUUAUUAAGCUCGCCAAUAUCAGCGCACAUGAUGCCCGCACGCGAACGGAUAGACAGUCCAGAAAGGAGUGGUGGGAAAAUAGGGAGGCACUUGAUCGACGUCUAGAGACACUCCUUUCUAACAUUGAAAAUAUUUGGUUGGGAGGAUUCCGUGGUGUCUUCUCCCCUGCUACCAGGAAUGUUGACCUCCUAUCCCGGUUCGGCGAGUCUUUUCAACACGUCCUCGACAAGCAUCUCCCUUCGAGAAGGAAGGGUGGCAAAGCGCGGGAAGCAAGACUCACGCUUCACUCAAGUGUCUUGGAAUUGUUCACCGGAAUUCAGGACCUGGAAAGCCGUGAGGAUCCUGAAGAUCUGCUGAUGGACCUCCUAUACUUUGUGGUGGACAUUCUGCAGUUCCAUGGAGAACGCAAUGCCUAUGAUGAGAUCGAUUUUGAUAUGAUGGUGGUGGAUACCCUUGAUGCACUGCGGAGCUACCACGAGAGCGUGGGGAAUGAGGGGCAUGGUGAACCAGCCCAUACCAUUUUGGUUCUUGACAAAGCUCUUCAUUCUUUCCCAUGGGAAUCACUCCCGUGUCUUCAAGGGCUCCCUGUUUCCCGCAUGCCAUCCUUGCAAUGUAUUCGCGACAGGAUCAUGGACUUUCGACAACACGCGGAAGAUAUCUCCCAAGGAUUGCACAUAAAUCGCAGCAGCGGAACCUACAUCCUCAAUCCAGGCGGUGACCUUAAGGCGACACAGGGCACCUUUGAAGAAGAUCUCUCUUCUAUGAAAGGUUGGACGAGCAUUGUCAACCGGGAGCCCAGCGAGCCAGAAUUUAAAGAAGCGCUGGAGUCUAGAAGUUUACUUCUUUACUUUGGCCACGGCAGUGGCGCUCAGUACAUUCGAGGCCGAACCAUCAAGCGGCUAGACCAGUGCGCAGUCACCUUUCUCAUGGGCUGCAGCAGUGGCUGCCUCACCGAAGCUGGCGAGUACGAACCCUAUGGAACACCGAUGAACUAUAUGCAUGCCGGCACUCCAGCUUUAGUUGCUACGCUCUGGGACGUCACAGACAAGGACAUUGAUCGGUUUGCCAAGUCAACAUUCGAGAGGUGGGGUCUGCUCGCUGGCCAUGAGACCGCGCAGAGAGACGUGAAGGGAAAGUCAAGAUGUGUUAAGGGAGCUGUGACCAGUCCCGAUUCUGCGUCUGACCGUCCCGUGGCUCUGGACGAAGCUGUUACGAAGUCGAGAACGUCUUGUUUGCUUCGGUAUUUGAACGGUGCAGCUCCAGUGAUCUACGGUGUUCCGGUGUUUUUGAAGUAGGCGAGGGGUAUUGUUUUGGUGCAAUUCCGUUGCCGUCGGAGUAUAUGUAUAUGAACUUGGUUACGGACUGGAGUACGGUUGUUUGUUUAUGUUCUGGGACGGACGAAUAGACGGCAUAGCUACUUUUGAGGCUCUAUAAUAUAACGGUCAAUGACUGGGAACAUCCAGUGGACUCCA